AUGCGGGGUUUGGCGGCAGCCCACACUUCCAAUACAAAACUUGUUUCCUUUCUGUUCGUUAGUUUUGCGUGUCUAGGUUUCGCUCCCGUUGUGCACUCCCAUGAUGACAGUGGGGAUGGGGCGGAUGAGAUUGACUACUACGCUGUGCUCGGUCUGACUCCUGAGGCCACUGACAGGGAGGUGCGACAGAGGUUCCGGGAACUUUCCCGUAAAUAUCACCCAGAUGUUUCUUCUGGUGGCGAUGCGCGUGAGAUGUUCAGUAGAAUCACUCGUGCAAAUGAGGUGCUUUCUGACAAAAAGAAACGCCGCAUGUACGAUAUGCGCGGUGAGGAAGGGUUGCGACAGCUGAAGCGAUUAGAGGCAGAGAGUGGAGGAGAGCAGUUUGGCUCAAUCUCGCAGCUUUUCCGUCACCACGCUGCCAGGCGCCUAAGGGGGAAGAAUACCGAGGCGACACUUCACCUGCCUCUCGAUGUUGUGUACACGGGUGGUAGGCGAACUGUCACUAUUAACAAGCAAAAGGUGUGCACUAAGUGCCGGGGCACGGGCGCCAAACGCCCAUCUGGGCUGAAAACGUGUGAACAUUGCGGGGGGCAUGGCAUCUUGCGGCAACGUUUGCAGCUUGCCCCAGGCAUGUUUCAGGAAAUACGCCAAACCUGCCCGUACUGUGGUGGGCGCGGCAGUAUUAUGAAGGAACGAUGUGGGGUGUGUGGCGGCAACGGUGUGCAUCGAGCUGAUGUGGAGCUUACAGUCGAUAUAGAUGCCGGUAUGCCUGAAGGACAUGUUCUUUCGUUUGAGAUGGAGGCGGAUGAGUCCCCCGAUACGAUUCCUGGAGACCUCCUUUUGAGCGUUCAGACGAAGAAACAUCCCCGUUUCUCCCGCCGUGCAAACGAUGUAGAUCUCGACAUGACGCUUGUGGUGACGUUGAAGGAGGCGCUUCUUGGCUUUCAGCGGCGUGUAGAGCAUCUCGAUGGGUCGGAGUUUUUCGUGAAUGAGACAGGUAUCACACAAUAUGGUUCGGUGCUGAAGGUACCCGGGAAGGGGAUGCCUCGGCACAACGUGCCAUCAGAGUUUGGUGACCUGUACGUGAAGGUUUUGUUUGAGAUGCCUGAUAUGCUAACCAAAGAGCAGAGGGAGGAGUUGGCGGAGCAUCUGUAG